AUGCGAUUGGUCAGUGUGGCAGGGACGCGGCUCCGCAGGGCGGCCGAGGAGGAGAGGGAGCCCCCUCCCCCUGCUCCCCCCUCCCACCACUCCAACCACCAGUUCCUCAACAUGAAGAACAAGUUCUUCAACGAGCUGACACACAUGCCAAACCAUAAACUCAGAAUGCCCAUGUGGGCGGUGGGUGCCAUUGUGGUGGUGGUCCUAGCUCUGAUUGCCUGCCUGGGCUUCUGUAUCUAUAAGAAGUGCCUCGGCAAGGGCAAGAAGCCCAAAAAGGUCCGCGAGAGGAAGGGGGGACGAGGUCGCAGGAAGAAGGACAAGGACGGAGAGGACGGAGAGGGCAAGGAAGGAGAAGAAGGGAAGGAGGAGGAAGAAAAAGAAUCGCUUGGCAAACUGGAGUACACCUUGGACUAUAACUUCACCGAUAACCAGCUCAUAGUCGGCAUACUCCAGGCUCAGGACCUGCCAGCCAUGGACAUAGGAGGGACCUCAGACCCCUACGUCAAAGUUUACAUGCUGCCCGACAAGAAGAAGAAGUUUGAGACCAAAGUCCAGCGGAAGAACCUGUGUCCCGUCUUCAACGAGACCUUCACCUUUAAGAUCCCCUACAGCGAGCUGGGAGGACAGACGCUGGUGCUUCAGGUGUUCGACUUCGACCGGUUCGGGAAACACGACGUGAUCGGCGAGAUCAAGAUCGCCAUGAACAGCAUAGACCUGGCCCAGCCCAUCCACGAAUGGAAAGACCUGGUCGGGGGGGAGAAAGAGGAGCAAGAGAAGCUGGGUGACAUCUGCAUCUCUCUGCGUUACGUCCCCACGGCCGGCAAGCUGACCGUCAACAUCAUGGAGGCUAAAAACCUCAAGAAGAUGGACGUGGGAGGGCUGUCAGAUCCCUUCGUCAAGGUGGUGCUGCAGCACAACGGGAAGCGCCUGAAGAAGAAGAAGACGUCGGUCAAGCAGAACACGCUGAACCCGUACUUCAACGAGAGCUUCAGCUUUGAGAUCCCCUUCUCCCAGAUCCAGAAAAUCCAGGUGCUGAUCACCGUCUACGAUUACGACAAGCUGGGCAGCAACGACGCCAUCGGAAAGUGCUGGAUCGGCUUCGGGGCCUCCGGAGUCGGGCUGCGCCACUGGUCAGACAUGCUGGCCAACCCCAGACGCCCGGUGGCCCAGUGGCACACGCUGCUGCCCGAGGAGGAGCUGGACGCUGCACUGAAAGCCCCCAUCCGCUAA